AUGAACACCAUUACUGAGAUCAUCCCAUUUGCCAAGGAGAUGCUGAACCAAAGGCCCUGCUGGGGCAUCGUGAAGAUCUACACGCUCGGUUCCACCCUGGCUAUACUUGGAGUUGUUGGAGGACUUUUGGAAAUGCUUUUCCUGCCAUUUGAGGGGCAGGAGACUGCUGAGGAGACACCUGUGGAGCUGAUCAAGGAGAAGAAGUCAGUGUUGAUGUCACACGCCGCCUUUGUUUACGUUGAAGUCACGGAUGGGCUGGAGACAGAAGAGAUCAUGACCAAACACCUGGUGUCUGCUGGGAGGAGAAGCUCAGUCAACCGCUUACAUGCUUAUUAG